GAAUGCCCUUUAAAAAAACAAGGACAUGUAACAAUCUGCUAUGUAACAAUCUGCUAGAAAAAGGAAUGUCAUAAAAUUUGUAGUUUUGGAGAGAACAUCAUAGUAAGGUUGCAAAAUUUGAUGUUUGUCACUGUUUGGUUGAGGCUUCACCACCUGCAAUAGCACAACCACCUAUGAAAAGUAGGAGUGGAUCUGCUCAUAAGAUGUUGCUGGAAUUUAUUGCUGGCAUUUUAACAACAAUGGUAGGGGCCUUACUCUAUUGCCUCUUCAGGAGAAAGGUCAUUCCAUUUCUUAAGCAACGAAAGACUUUGAAAGGAAAGGAACAUAAAAGCUUUGAAUAUGAUAAAAUAUCAUUAAGGUAUUUUGAUUUUAAGGAACUAGAGAGAGCAACCAAAAAUUUUAGCCAAGAUUGCUUGCUGGGUUCUGGUGCAUUUGGAAAUGUCUACAAAGGAACCUUUGACUUAGAAGGAACACUAGCCAUUAAGAGAGCUCAUUCUGAAUCAUUCUCAAGUGUGGAAGAAUUCAGAAAUGAAGUUAGGCUCCUUUCAGCUGUAAGGCACAGGAAUCUUAUUGGUCUGAUUGGAUAUUGUGAAGAACCAGGACGACAUGGAGCCAAAAUACUAAUCUAUGAAUAUGUUCCAAAUGGUUCACUGCUUGAGUACAUCAAGGGAAACGAAACGAGCUUAACUUGGAAGCAAAGACUAAACAUAGCAAUAGGAGCAGCAAGAGGCAUAGCUUAUUUGCAUGAAGGGGUGAAACCAAGCAUAAUUCACCGUGACAUCAAACCAAGUAACAUCCUAUUAGGGGAAGGUUUUGAGGCUAAGGUUUCAGAUUUUGGUCUAGUAAGAUUAGGGCCAACUGGUGAUCAAUCACAUGUCAGCAGCCAGAUUAAAGGGACACCAGGGUACCUUGACCCUGCCUAUUGUUUAAGCUUUCAUUUGACCAAAUUCAGCGACGUUUAUAGCUUUGGUAUCAUACUUUUGCAACUUGUUUCAGCUAGACCUGUGGUGGAUUCCGCUGUAAACCAAAGUAAUCAACAUAUUAUUGAAUGGGCAAGGCCAAGCUUAGAGAAGGGUAGUGUUGAAGAAAUCAUAGAUGCAAAUCUACUAUGUCAAAGUGAGCCGUGCAACAUGGAAGUUAUGCUAAAGAUGGGACAACUUGGUUUAAGAUGUGUGGUUGAAGAACCAAAACAUCGCCCAACAAUGACACAGGUGUGUCAAGAACUAGAGCAAGCCCUCCAUUCAGCUGAUGAUAGCUUCAAUAACAAGCAGUCUCCAAAGCGGUUCCAUACACCAAUUGGCUCAUCCCAGCAAUCAACAAAGUCAGAGACUCAGCGAUCAGUUGAAUCAUACGAUUGUUCACAAAGCUUUGUUAGUAUUGACAGUGUUGGAUUACAGAAAUUUCAUGUUGAUAUGGAUAGUUUCUCCUUUAAGAGCACAGACUUAAGGUGCCUAGAAAAUAAUAGUAUCAGCAUUGACAUGGAUAGAAUAUAACAGUAGUAGCUUUGGCAUUAACAAGAACAAUUUGAGGAGAAUACAAGAGAAUGAGAUCAUAUGUAAAAAUAAAACCUUAAGUGAAUCACUUUCAUCUCUCUUUUUCCUAUAUUGAAUUUAGGAUUCAGGGGUAAGCAUAGCCGGGGAUGGAGAAAAGGAGAUAAAUAGAGAAAUUUAUAAUCUCAGUUUUUUGCUUU